AUGGCCCCGACCAACCUCACAUCCGCCCCAGAGUUCCUCCUCCUGGGCUUGAUGGACGGAACCGACCUCCACCCGCUGCUGUUCCUGCUCAUCCUUGGCGUCUACCUGCUCAACGCCCUGGGCAACCUGAGCAUGGUGGUGGUGGUGAGGACCGACAGGGCCCUCCGCUCCCCCAUGUAUUACUUCUUGGGCCACCUGGGCCUCGUGGACAUCUGCUUCGCCACCGUCACGGUACCCAGGCUGCUGGCCGGCCUGCUCCGCCUGGGCCAGGCCGUGUCCUUCCAGGACUGCUUUGCCCAGAUGUACUUCUUCGUGGCCCUGGGCAUCACGGAGAGCUACCUCCUGGCGGCCAUGUCCUACGACCGCGCGGCCGCCGUCUGCCGCCCCCUGCGCUACGGCGCGCUGGUGACGCCGGGGCGCUGCGCCGCGCUGGUCGGCGCGUCCUGGGCCGUGGCGCACCUGCACGCGCUGCUGCACACCCUGCUCAUCUCCGCGCUGCGCUACCCGCGCCGCGCCCUGGUGCGCCACUUCUUCUGUGACAUGAUGGUGAUGCUGAGCUUGGCGACCUCGGACACGUCGGCCGCGGAGGCCGCCAUCUUUUCCGAGGGCCUGGCCGUGGUGCUGACCCCGCUGCUGCUCGUGUCCCUGUCGUACGCGCGCAUCCUCGCUGCCGUGCUGGGCGUGCGCUCGGCGGGGGGCCGGCGCCGCGCCUUCUCCACCUGCGGGGCCCACCUGGUGGCGGUGUCGCUCUUCUUCGGCUCGGUCCUCUCCGUCUAUUUCCGGCCGUCGUCUGCCUACUCGGCCAGCUACGACCGCGGGGCCAGCAUGGUCUAUGCGGUGGUCACGCCGACCUUGAACCCUUUUAUCUACAGCCUUCGCAACAAGGAGGUCAAGGGCGCCCUGAAAAGGGGCCUCAGAUGGAAGGCUGCACCCCAAGAGGUGUUCCAGGAGAAGGAUGCCAUUCUUUCAUUGUGUAAGAGCAGAAACAGGCUUAGAGAAAUCAAGCAGCUUUUCCAGAGUCAAAAGAAUACAAGGCACUGACUGAAUGAGGCAUUGCAGAGAUGAGAAGGCAUCUGUCUUCAAGACCCUUGCAAGAAAAGACAUAAAGCAAGCAUCGACUAAUUUCGGCACUGUAUUUCCGAGGAGAAAAUAUAUACCUGGGGAUCCUAAAUAGAUUGUAAUCCUUCUGUCACUAUUUGUGUUAUUUUAGGCUAUAUACAGGUCACCAUUUUACUGGCUGCAAGUUAAUCAAUUCAUAACAUAAUUCUAUGGUCCAUUUCAUAUUAUAUGCUUUAAUUCAAAAGAGGAAUUCUCAUCCAAAAUAGAAAUAUUAUCAAAAUAAGUAAUUUGUCAUUAACUGACUAAUGAUUGGUACUGUUAAAGGAGAUCAUUUUAAUAGUUUGAUCAAUCAAUACCUGAAAAGAAAAUUAGGAACUGAAUAGGUUAGCAAGGGGAGAAAUGAUGAUCCUUGAUAAUAAAAAAUAACAAGUGCAUGUACAUAAUAAAUCGGAAGAAAUUCUUGCCAGAUAGAUAUGUUUGACAGAUGCAAAGCGUUAAAAUGGCUGAGAAGUUCGGAUUAAUUUCUUAGAGAAUUGGGAACCACUAUACAUUCUCUGGGUGCAGUACACACCAAGGUUAGGUGGGAUUUAUUUGACAUUGAGUAACAAUCACUGAGUGUCCACUACAUGUCAGUCCUUGUCUUGCAUUGCAUGUGAGAUACAGAAGUAAAUCCAGGGACACAAUG